AUGAUGCACUAUUUCCGGGCCUCCGUAGUUCUGUUCGUUACCAUUUUUGCUGUCAUCCAUUACUAUCUGAACCUCAGUAAUGAGAACCAAGAUGUAUUGGAGUUGACUAGUUGCGUUCUAUACGUGGUAGGAACGUCAUUCAUCGUUUGGAAGUAUAUGGCAUUCCUCAAAACCGGAGGAAACAUUCUGAAACUGGAGGAAAUUCUUGCCAGUCCGAUUUUAUGCGAGUAUUCUGUAACGAAAGAAAACAUUUUCGAGGAAACUGUUAACUCGAAGUUCUUCCCAAUUUGCAAGGGAAUCGGGAUAGCAUUCACCAUAGUGGCCAAUACUUUGGAAAUCAAAUGUGGCUUCGAGAGAAAAUUAUUUUUGCCCUUGAAAGUGUUCGGAAGCUUAGAAAAUAACGUGAUUUGUUUCUACUAUGUCAUAUUCCAGGUAUCAUUCUCAAUGCUGAUCACUUGGAAUUACGUACUGAUAGAUGUUUUGUGCUGCAAAAUGAUGAGUAUUGCUACGGCAACUCUGACUGUUCUGAAAAAUAAUUUAGAAAAUAUCCCUUAUGAAAAUCAGAAUUUCGAUUUUUUGGUAGUGACUUUUAAAAAGAAUAUUAUACUACACAAAGAAAUAUUGAGGUUCACCUCUCUUAUAGAAGAGAGUUUUUCGUUCGUUAUAUUAACAAUAAUAUUGAGCGGAGCUCUGAUCAACUGUAUUUGUGGAAUAAUCAUUCUGAAAAUAAAUCUAACAUUAGCUGAAGGUUUCACAUUCUUCCUUUUCUUCGCUUGCGUGAUGAACCAAAUAGCGAUUUACUGUUGGUUUGGUGAACAAAUUAUGUCAAAGAGUGUUGAAAUCAGUACCAGUUCCUAUAUGACAAAGUGGUAUGCAGCAGAUGUGAAGUUCAGGAAGCUUUUGUUUAUAUUCAUGGAAAGAGUAAAGAAGCCGAUCAUACUGAGAGCUGGUAAUUUUUUUCCACUGAAUGUUCGAACACUUGCAACGAUCCUGCAUAAGUCAUAUUCUGCAUUCACAGUUCUACAACAAUUCUACAAGGAUAAAUAAACGCUUCAGUCACUCAAUAUCAGAUAACAGGGAUAACAGAUAACAAGGAAGGAACACUGCAUGCUUAUUCGAGUCCAUGAACAUUUAUCAAUUGAUCUUAAUAUUUAGUUAUACCUGGUCAACUCUGUACACUUCGUUAUAGUAGGUACCUAACAGAAUUUCUACUGGAAAAGUAUAAGUCUCGGUAUAAGUAUAAUACCUAUGCCUUAUUAUCUGAAGCAAUAAAAUAAAUUCAUUGUGGCACCGGCAGAGAAAAAUUCGGAUGACUCAACGUAAGGAACAUCUACCUACUACCAUAGAUCUAAA